UAUUAUCACUUGUAACCCAUAAAAUGUCAGUGUCAAUUAAAUCUGUCAAUAGUGCGUAAUAUCUCGUUGAUUUCACGUGGUUUUCUUGGUUUCGGCAUGUUUUAAAUAAUUUACUUUUGAUACUAAUUAAAUGAAAACACCAUGCAUCGACUGAUAUCAGCCAGGAACUUGUACCAAACAAGCCUUCAUAAUAUUUCCUUACCUUCAAAUACAGCUCUCAAUAGAAGUCCUGAUAUAAAAUGUGCCUUUUGUCGGAAAAUUCUUCUAGGUCAACACAAUAUAGAAAACUUACUCGUCGCCAGGCACCAGUCCACGAGAAUAGCAAAUGCCUUGAAAGCGGUCAAGAAGAAAGGGAAACAUAAAAUUUAUAAGAAAUAUGGAGAACUAUUGGAGGUUGGCAAUCAAGCAAUGACUGAAACCAAAGUAUCUAUAAGUAAAUUGCGUGCCGUCCAUCUCUCCAAACUGGCUGACAGCCCGGUAUCACUGGGCCAGCUGCACCAGCUAACCACAAAACCAUCCAAGAAGCCCACCAUCGCCGAAGUAGACCCUGAACUGCUUCAGAGUGUGAAAGAAAAAAUAUUAAAAAAAUCUGCACCAAUAUCAGCGCAGAUAAACAUAUGUUCAGGUCCGAAGGAGAUAAGUCUGGAGGAUGACCAAUGUGCCCUAGUAUACACUCAUCACAAAAUUUCUAGUUUGGAAGACAGAUUAAAAACUAAACAGUACAUAGACUCUGUUAAAGAGAGUUAUUAUAACUUUAGGAAAGCUACUAUUUAUGACCAGAGGUUGCAGGAUUUGAGGUAUGCCAUCACCGAAGGCCUCACACAGGAGUUUGACAUGAUCACCCCAGAUUCCAAGCUGGAGGAGAUGCCCCUCCAGCCACUGCCAAAGAGCCCACAUUCUGUGUUUAGGGAACUGUUUAUUGAAAAUCAGAUGGAUUCCUAUGACCAGCAGCUGCUCAAUUCCUUUUCUAGUUUACAAAGCCAAGGCUUAGCACACCCCGCCAUAGAAGACAUUUACGACGACCCAGCAUUGCACGAGAUCCACGAGCCGCGCGACCUCGAGUUCGGGCAGAGAGAGGCGGCCCUUGAAGUCAAGAGGCUUAAUGUCAAAAAGGCCAAACAAGCAAUAAAACAAAAGAAAAAGGCCAAGUUAGAGAAGCGCAGAGCCAAGAAUGAAAUCAACAUGAAGACUGACAUGAAACAGUUGGAGCUGCAAGGCAAGCAGGAAGCUCUCGAGCGUUUGCUCGCUGCUCAUUUACAGCUGCUGUGCUCGCUCAACAUGGUGCAGGAGGCCCGCAAAGUUCUACAGUAUUAUCGGCAGCGGGGAGCCAAGGCGCCCGACCAUCCAAAGAUCACUGACAUCAAAGUUUACAACACGCUUCUACACGGAUACGCGUUUAUGGGGCUCCUGGACCAAACGAAGGAGUUGUUAACAUCAAUGGCGACAGAUGGGAUAGUUCCGAACGCACAGACUUACGCCGCCACCUUUGAAUGCGUCGAGAGAAGCAACGUCAAAGAUAAGGGGACCGUGUUGCAACACUACUAUGGGCAAAUGCAGGAAAAGGGCAUAACCCUAAACGACUUGCUAGACAAAACCCAAUUCGUCCACGACCAACGCGAGCUAGUGUUCCGCGCCGUCCGCCGCCUCCACCCCUCCUUCACCCCCCACUACACCCCCCCGGUCCUCGACUACGACUGCCCCCUCACGGACAAACUCAAGUUAAACGAGAUACACAGCCGCCAGGGGUUGUUGACCUCGCCCGCUCAGGGGUUGAUGACCUUGGAGGAGGUAAAGGAGAGAGGGAGACGGCAGCUGGAGAUUGAGAUUAAGGGAGAUAUUGAGGUGCAGAAUAUUGAUGUUAAGGAUGACGCGUCGCCGACUGUUAAGUUAUAUCGAGAGAAACUCCAAGCAACCGAAGCGGAAUGGAGAUCAGUGGUGCGAGAGUCGUUCGAGCGCAACCUCGGCACGCUGCGCUCGCAGAGCCUCGCCUCGCACUCGGCCAUCGCGCUCUACCCUUACCUGAGGGUGCUAGAGUCGGAGCAAUUCGUGGAUCUCAUAAUGGGUGAGAUCAACAAGCUGGUGGACGGCAGUGAGACCUACAGCCCCACGCUGAAACUGCUGCAACGCGACCUGGGCACGCAGGUCUACCACAAAUACCAAGUAGAACAGUACCGCAAGAACGGUGUUCUGUCGAAAAUCUACAAAAUUUACGAGCAAUACUGCGAAUGGUACAUGGAUCGCAGCGCGCUAGGCACAGACGUACCGCUCAACAGUCGACAGGCGUGGCAAAUGCUGGUGCAUAGGAACAGAGAAGGAGCCAGUUUGGACAUGGAGGAGACGCCGUGGCCGAUGGAGAUGCGGCAGAACAUCGGCAAGUUCCUCUACAACAUCAUCAUCAACGACGUCAAGAUCGACGUCAACAUGUUCAAGCCUAAAGCCAAGCAGAAAAAACUCCCGGCAGUCUACAAAGUGCACCGCCCGUGGGGCCGUCUGGUCCGCCUGGAGCUGAAGCCGCACCCGGCGCUGGCGCGCCUCUGGAUGGGCGCCGCCCGCGCCGAGCUGCGCAUGCGCGCCGACCUAGUGCCGCCAUCGUCGCCGCCCAAACCCUGGCCGCAUCUACAUUCUGGGGCGUAUCUACUGACUAAAACCCCACUUAUAAGAAUGCCGUUCUACAUCAUGAACCAGUGGAAGCGGCUUGAGGAGGCGCCUCCGUCCGCGUUGUACCCAGCUUUAGACAGUCUCAACCAGCUCGGAGAAGUGCCGUGGGUCGUCAACAAACCCGUGCUGGACUUACAACUUCAAAUAUUUAGGUCUGGCGGCAACAAGAAGCUAGACAUCCCUCCCCCCGCCUCGGCGCUGGAUCCCAAACACUUCGCGGAAGCCAAGGACGCGGCGGGCGCCUUCAAGCGCCGCGUGGCGCUCAGCCGCGCUCGCGCCGAGAUGCACUCGCUGUGGUGCGAUGCGCUGUACAAGCUUGCACUAGCUAAUCAUUACAGGGACGAGAUCUUCUGGCUGCCCCACAACAUGGAUUUCCGCGGCCGCGUGUACGCGUGCCCGCCGCACUUGUCCCAACUCGGGGCCGACGCGUACCGAGCUCUACUUAAGUUCGCUCGGAAAGAGCCGCUGGGACCCGACGGAUUAAGAUGGCUUAAACUACAUGCUAUUAACUUGACGGGCACUAUGAAAAAAAGUACUGUGGAUGAGCGGUUGGAAUACGCGGAAAGCAUCUUAGACAAGAUCCUGGACUCGGCCGAUCAUCCUCUGGACGGCGAGGGCUGGUGGCAGGCCUCCGAAGAGCCCUGGCAGACCCUAGCUUGUUGUAUGGAGAUCGCCAAUGCCAUCCGAUCUCCAAACCCUGAAGAGUACCCGUGCGGGUUCCCGGUGCACCAGGACGGGUCGUGCAACGGGCUGCAGCACUACGCGGCGCUCGGCGGCGACGCGGCCGGCGCCGCCGCCGUCAACCUGGCGCCGCGACACCGGCCGCAGGACGUGUACGCCUCGGUGUGCGCACUGGUGGAGGAGAUGCGGGCUCGCGACGCGGCGGCGGGCGUGCCGGCGGCCAUCAUCUUGGAGGACUUUGUGCGGAGAAAAGUUAUCAAGCAGACCGUUAUGACCACCGUGUAUGGAGUCACGAGAUUCGGAGCGAGGCUGCAGAUCGCUAAACAGCUCAAAGACAUCGACGAGUUUCCCAAGGAGCACGUGUGGUCGUGCAGCCAGUACCUGACCACCAAGACCUUCGACAGCCUCCGCGAGAUGUUCACCUCCACCAAACUCAUCCAAGACUGGUUUACUGACUGCGCCAAGCUGAUCUCAGGCAUAUGUGGAGAGAGCGUAGAGUGGGUGACGCCGCUAGGACUGCCUGUGGUGCAGCCCUACUACCGCCGCGGCACCACCGCGGCCAACAGCCGGACACCGCUUGACCAUCAACAACGUCCAUGCACCAUGAAGCAGCGAAACGCGUUCCCGCCCAACUUCAUCCACUCUCUGGACUCGUCGCACAUGAUGCUAACCUCACUACACUGCCAAGCCGCCGCCGUCACCUUCGUGUCCGUCCACGACUGCUACUGGACGCACCCCGGAGCGGUCCCGCUCAUGAAUAAGAUUUGCAGAGAACAGUUCGUAGCUCUGCAUUCGCAGCCGAUCCUUGAAGACUUAUCGGACUUUAUGGUCAAGCGAUACAGCUACGAUGAAAGCGAGCUUGAAGGCACGUUGGGAGCGCCGAACAAGAAACGCGUCAACAGUUUGCUGAAGAAAGUCCCCAGCAAGGGCGACUUCAAACUAGACAGCGUACUCGAUUCCGUGUACUUCUUCAGCUAGUCGAUCGAAUGUGGACUUUAUGACUGGUACUGUAGACUCUCUUUUGUUCGGAGUCGGUAUAGAUGUAUGGCAAUUGUGUGUCUUGAAUUGAAAAGUGAUACGCGUAAAUGGUUUAAAGUGUCAUCUUGGAAUCUAGCGAUCAUUUUUAAUUGAAAUGGAGACUGCAUGAGAGUUGACCACUGAUGUCAAUAUACUGUCUCUCGGAUGCUGUCCCUUCGUAAUGAAUGACUAAUUAUUUAAAAAACAACAUGCAAGAAAAUGUUGCCAUCAACUAGAGUCAGACCAAAAAAAGUCCACAGUGGAUUUGAUAGGCCACACAGUGCGAGUGUCAUUUAUACGUCAUAAUUUCAUAGAAGUUUGACGUUUAAAAUAACACUUGUGGCUAUCAAUCCGCUGUAGAAUUUUCUUGGUCUGACUCUAGAGUUAGACCAAGAAAUGUCUACAGAGAUUUUGACAGCACCUGCAGUGCAGGUGUUAUUUUAAACGUCAAACUUCUAUGAAAUUAUGACGUAUAAGUAACACCGGCACUGUGUAUGCUCUCAAAAUAUCUGCAGACUUUUCUUGGUCUAUGAAUUAAUAUUAUGAAUUUUACCGCAACUUUGUACUUUGGAUAGACACACAAUUGGGAUUGAUAGACUGAUAUGAGAUAAUGUUAACGGUUGAUAGUUAGUGUAUUGACUUUAUGUAAUUUUCAAUGUUAAUGUUACUACAUUUCAACAAUGAAAUAUAACUUCCAAGAUGCCUUCGCUCUAAAUAUAAAGUAGUUGACUCUCGUAGAGUACAAAUGGUUUAGUCACGUAUUUGUAAUUUGAUUGUUCCUGAAGUCUAAUCCAUUUGUGGAGAAAGAUGGUGCAAAUGGGUAACGCAAGGAAUUCAAAAAUAUUACAUUAAAACCGCAUAACCCUCACUGUAUUACGUCAAUAUUUAAGGGAAGGAGGAUUUCUAAUCUUUAAGCAGUUUGUUUCUUUUAAAAGACUGUUUCCGUUUUAGCUACGGAACCCUGAAAACCCUGCCUUUGCCAGGUCCGCUUCCCUCCACUUUGCGCGAUCCUGGGCGUCGUCUCGUGUGAGCCCGUUCACGCUCAUAUCUGCUUUCACAUUUGUGUAGGUAUUAAACAGAUAAUAAAUAUGCGCCACUUUUCUCCGCAAUUGUAAGUUUUACAACUAUUCAGGGUUGGUUAGUAACUAAAUUGCGUUUAUAUGUUUAUAUGCCAUAUCUAGAAAGUCCUACACCAAACCAAAAUAAUAGUCGUAGCCUGGUUAGCGAGUGCAGACAUUUGUUUAGUUUAACUAAAUUAAAAAAUAGCUAUCAAUCGUUGUUGACGGAAACCCCCAAAGGACCGUUGAACCUUUUACAACAUACUACACGUUUACAUGUGUCAAAUAACUUAGUACUUCAUCAUCAUCAUCAUCAUCAUAUCACCCAGAGGACCGUCCACUGCUGGACAUAGGCCUCCCCCAAAGAGUGCCACAAGGAAGGUACCGGAAGGCGCAGCGUGGGUAGACCCCCCACAAGGGGGACUGACGACCUGGUAAAGGUCGCGGGAGUCCGCUGGAUGCGGGUGGCGCAAGACCGGACUUAGUACUUACUAAAGGAUAAUUUGGGGUUACUCAUUGGUACAUUUUGUUUUUGAAAUUCUUGAGGAAGGCACCAAAUUUAUUGUACUGUAAGAAAACUUAGGCUCCCAAUAUAUGUUUCGUUCACCCUUUUUCUUGUGUGACGUCAGUGACGUGCCUAGCACGGCAUGUGCUUUGGGUCGGUUAAAUUCACAACACUCAUAUUCAACUGGGGGUCAACAACAUCUGAUAGCUACAGCAGUAUUACAUUUUGAUAUUAUGAUUAUUAUGUUAUUGUACUUAUUGUAUAUUAUGUUCUGACUCGCAACCAUUUUUCAGUAGUGCAAUGCAACAAAACAGUCUGUGAUUUGUUAGAUGUCUAACAAUAAAUUAAGUUGAAUAAU